UGAGAGGUGAAAAGAAAGAAGAAAAACUGUUUUUGACAGCGUUUGAUACUCUGGACAAAACAAAACCUGUAGUUAGUCAGAGAUAUAUUGGAGGAGAAACCAGGUUAGCUUUUGGCUGAACUGCUUCGAAGCAACAAACAACUUUGAAAUUCCAACACACCCGAAAAGAAGAAACACCUUUGAAAAAAUUAAUACUUUAAAAACCUUUUAGAGAGAGAAACAUAAGAGACGUGAACCGAGACUUUUUUUUUUUCUUUUUCUUCUUUUUAUUUUCCCCCAUCUCGUUUUGCUGCUUCCUUCCUUCCUUCGUUAUCCAGUCACCAAUUCCAAUCCUUUCUCUCUCUAGGUUUCGGUUUUCUCUCUCCUCAGAUCUCUUUCCCGUUUAUUCGGCGGUUUUCGGAACCACCCCUCUUUAUCAAUCAUCUAUCCUCAAUCAUGUCAUACAUUUCAUAACUGUAAAGUUUCCUUUUUUUUUUUUGUUUUUUGAAAUUUGUGUAAUUAGUUGAAUCCUUUAUUAUUUCAUUUGUUAAUAGAGAAUAAUGAAAACAAAAAGCAAUUGAUCGUGGUUUGGAGAACAAAACCCACUUUCUUUUUGUCUUCUUUGUCCUUUGUGGUGUUUUGGAACAAAACCCAGAAAAAAAGGAUUUUUUUUUUAUUUGUGGUUGUUGUGAUUGAAAAUUUGAAGGUUUGUUUUUUGUGUGAGGUUGUGGUUGUGGAUGGUGGACGAGGGUGAAGAAGUGGUGGUGGUGGAUUGAAAAAGGAGGGAAGUUGAGAGGUUAUGAUUGAUGGUGAAUUCGAGGAAUCAUUGAUCAUUAUUGUGUUGUGGAUAAGUGCUAUUUUGGUGUGUUUGGUGAUGGGGAUGAGGAAUGAUGCACAGAAGCAACAGCUUCUUCAUCAGGGUAAUGGUGGUGGCAGAACCAAUGGUUUCAUUCCAAGUUCUUUCCGUGCUCUCUCUAGCUACCUCAGAGUUGUUUCCUCUGGUGCUUCUACUGUUGCACGUUCUGCUGCAUCGGUUGCAUCAUCGAUUGUGGAGAGGGAUGAUGACCCUGACCAUGAUCAGGUUAUCUGGGCUGGGUUUGACAAGUUAGAGGGUGAGGGUGAAGUUAUUCAGCAAGUACUUCUUCUAGGCUAUCGAUCUGGAUUCCAGGUUUGGCAUGUCGAUGAAUCAAAUAAUGUCCGAGACCUGAUUUCCCGACAUGAUGGUCCUGUUUCUUUUAUGCAAAUGGUCCCUAAUCCAAUUGCAUCAAAGAGAUCACAAGACAAGUAUGCAAACAGCCGCCAUCUGUUGGUAGUUUGUACUGAUGGGUUCUUUGCUGGAGGUAACAAUGUUCAGGGUGGGUCAACCAUCCCUUACAAUGGGAGCACUUCAAACUCCCAUGACCAAAUAAAUGGAAACUAUCUGCCAACUACCGUUCGGUUUUAUUCUAUGAAAUCCCAAUCAUAUGUUCAUGUACUGAAGUUUAGAUCAGUUAUUUAUUCUGUGAGGUGCAGUUCUCGAGUCGUGGCAGUUUCUCAAUCCACUCAGAUACACUGUUUUGAUGCUACAACAUUAGAAAGGGAAUAUACUUUACUUACCAAUCCUAUAGUAAUGAGUUGCCCUGGUUCUGGAGGCAUAGGAUAUGGACCACUUGCGGUGGGACCAAGAUGGCUUGCAUAUAGUGGAAGUCCAAUUGCAAUCUCCAACUCAGGACAUGUGUGUCCACAACAGUUGACACCUUCCGCAAGGUUUCCUGGUUUUUCUUCUAAUGGGAGAUUGAUUGCACAUUAUGCGAAAGAGUCCAGCAAGCAUCUUGCUUCUGGGAUUGUGACCCUUGGAGACAUGGGGUAUAAGAAACUUUCCAGAUAUUGCUCUGAUAGCAAUGGUUCAUUACAAUCUGUAAAUUCUGGCUCUAAGGGCAAUGGAACCGUUAAUGGCCAUUCAACAGAUGCAGAUAACAUUGGAAUGGUUAUUGUUAAAGAUAUUGUCUCGAAAGAUGUUAUUGCCCAAUUCCUUGCCCACAAGAGUCCUAUUUCAGCAUUGUGCUUUGAUCCUAGUGGCACCAUUUUAGUGACAGCUUCCAUUCAGGGUCAUAAUAUAAAUGUUUUCAAGAUAAUGCCUGCAAGUGGGACUUUGUCAGCUUCUGUUGUUGGUCGUUCUUAUGUUCAUUUGUACAGGUUGCAACGUGGCUUUACAAAUGCGGUUAUACAAGAUAUCAGUUUCAGUGAUGACAGCAAGUGGAUUAUGAUUAGUUCUUCAAGGGGAACUAGCCAUCUAUUUGCCAUAAAUCCUCAAGGAGGACAUGUAAAUAUUCAGCCCUUUGAUGAUAGUUUUACAGCAAAAAAUAGUGGAUUAGGCACUACAACUAAUCAUGCAGUUUGUCAGUCUCAUAGUUCGGCCAUGCAAAUGCCUAAACAGCAGAGCCUGUUUGCUACUGGCCCUCCGAUCACACUUUCUGUUGUAAGCAGAAUUAGGAAUGGAGCUAAUGGCUGGAGAGGCACCGUAAGUGGUGCUGCUGCAGCUGCAACUGGUAGGAAAAAUGCCCUUUCUGGGGCUAUUGCUUCAUCUUUCUGUAACUAUAAAGGCAAUGAAGGCAACUUUUCCAAGGCAAAGUAUCAACUGUUGGUCUUUUCACCCACUGGUUCCAUGGUACAAUAUGCUCUGAGGACAAUAACUGGUCAAGAUUCAGCUGUUGUUUCUGGAUUGUCCCCUGCUUAUGAAUCCAUUCCACAGGCUGAUACAAGAUUAGUUGUUGAGGCUAUCCAUAAAUGGAAUAUAUGUCAUAUUCGGAGAGAGCGAGAAGAUAAUGUAGACAUAUAUGGUGAGAAUGGAAUUUCAGACGUUAAUAAAAUAUAUCCAGAGGAAGUGAGGGAGAAGAUAGACACCAUUAGCCCAAAAAUCAAGAAUGGAGUCAUGAAAGUGAAUCCCUGUCUUGAGGAGGAGCAUCAUUUGUAUAUUUCAGAAGCUGAACUGCAAAUGCAUCAAGCUCAGACUCCGUUGUGGGCAAAGCCAGAGAUAUAUUUUCAUUCAAUGUUGCAAGAAUCUACCAUAAUGGAUGAAGAAGCAGCUGCUUCAGGAGGUGAAUUUGAGAUUGAAAGGAUUCCAACUUGCAUGAUCGAAGCUAGAUCAAAGGACUUGGUUCCAAUUUUCGACUAUAUUCAGACUCCAAAAGUACAACAAAAAAGGAUUCCUGCUAUGGAUGGCAAGACAAAUGAACAACUGUUACAUUACAGUUCUAGUCAGGUGGCCGGAAAUGGCAGGAUUUCACCCAGGACUAUUUUGGAAUCCCCUGAGUGUGUGACUAAUGCUGGUGAUGCUGUUUCUGAAUUUAGAAGUGGGAUUGAAGGAACUGAGUGGGAUAAUCAUGUGGUGCCAUCCGAAACCGUGAACUUUGUAAAUAACAAUGACACCUUUAGACAAAAUACUCAGCAUGAGAUUGUAAAUAAUAGAAUGGAGCACUUAAACACCGGGGCUCAUCUCAUGUAUGUAAAUAGUGACGGAAAGCCUGAAAAUGAAGAAUCAUUUUGAAGAAAAUGGAGAUGAAUUUGAUUGGAGGCGUGGAAAUAUUCUUUCAUUUGGCACUGGAGGCUUAAUUAACACUGUUAAUAUUAAUAUGGUUGGAGAGGUGGAGAAAGCUUGAGGAGUAGCUUGACUGCUGCAAAAUUGUGGAUACUACAAUGGGUUUCUUUGUCUGUUGACAUUGUAAAUAACAGACAGAUGUAUAUCAAUAAUUAAUUUUUAAUGUGUAAAUAAUAGAAUCACUUUGUAUCUUCCCCUUUUUUUAUUCUAUUAAUUAAAUUGAUUUUGCCAA